AUGCACGGUGGCCGCCUGAGCCCCCGGGGGAGCUCAAACUUCUCCACUGUUCGCUGCAUGCUCUAUAGAGUUUGCAACCACUUCCGCCUAGCUGGGGUUCAACGCCCUCACAUCGCACGGCCCCGCCACAGAUGGGACUCUAAGGCCAAAGUGGCAUCCCUGGGGGACACUACCGACUCGUCCUCUCCAGUCCCACCCGGUGCAGGGACAAAGAGCCUGAAGCCGCUGCUGGAGAAGCGCCGGCGCGCGCGGAUCAACCAGAGCCUGAGCCAGCUGAAGGGUCUAGUGUUGCCGCUGCUGGGCGCCGAGGGUUCGCGCUCUUCGAAGCUGGAGAAGGCGGACAUCCUGGAAAUGACCGUGCGCUUCCUCCAGGAGCAGCCUGCGUCCCUAUACUCCACUGCCGCGCCUGGGCCUUUGGACAGCUACCUCGAGGGUUACCGAGCCUGUCUGGCGCGCCUGGCCCGCGUGCUGCCCGCCUGCAGCGUCCUGGAGCCGGCCGUGAGCGCGCGCCUGCUGGAGCACCUGAGACAGAGGACUGUCAGUGGUGGCCCGCCCUCGCUGACGCCACCACCCGCUCCAGCUCCAGCCCCCUGUCCUCCAGUGCCUCCUCCGGGCAGUCCUGGCCUCUGGAGGCCAUGGUAGGCUCCCGAUGUCCCACAGGAUCCUGCUGCUGGCUGUCAGGGACUGGAUGGGCUAGCUGUCCAAGGACGCUCAGGAUGGCGACCGCCUCUUCUGACUCACUUUGAGAACAGUCUAGCUCCGGAUGCUGCGACCUGUCAGGGUGAGGAAACCUUCAAGGAGGGACUCAGCCACGGGGAAAUGGGGCCGAAGUACAAAGAGCAAACCCGUGCAGGGUCAGGAAGAGGUCCAGACCGGAAGGCGUGGCUCUGGCACUGUGCCGGCCAGAGCUGCCUCGGCAGGGACUCACCUGCCCGACCGACCGUGGGCAGUAGACGAAGUCUGGUCUUGAAGCUCUCACCUGGGCCUGGCGCAGUCACCUGCUAGGAGGGGCCACUGCGUUUCCAGCCACGCCUGGAUAUACUUCCGGCUCCGCUGGGCUUGGGAACCUCUCCACGAACCGAGCAGGGGCUUGGGGAACUUCGACCGCUCCUCCGCAGGGCAAAGGAACAGGAAGGAGGGCGGCCACUCCUCCGCUCCUAGGCUGCGGUUCCACCGAUUUGUAUGAAGGGGGUGUGGGCUUUCCGUUUUAAUUUCCUAAGCAUUAUUUCUCCCCACAGCCCGCCCAGUGGUCUUGGGGUGUGAGGGAGGGGCAGAACAAGAGGGAGGCUUCUCUGUGGCUGUAAGGAACCCGUGGCUUUGGAGGAGCGGGUCCUGGAAUGGCAAGGGCUCUGGAGAAGCAGAGAAAGGACCACCACAGCCUUGCCUGCUUCCUCUGGUAGAUCACUCCCUGCAUCCAGGCAGCUGGGCUGUCAGAAGCACCUUGCACAGAAGUUAUUUCUACCACGGGCAAACCUGGAAGCCCAUCAGGACUCGGGGCAGGGCCUCCAGAUCCCAGGAGUGGGUGCUUCACAGAAAGUGGGGGCAUUUGUGAGCCGCGGCCACUCCAAGCUCAUGGGGCUUUGCCAGGUAUAGCCACAAAGCUGCUUCUCCCCCAGUCUGUGCUGGGGACCAGGACACUAAAGCCAGGAAGACCCACUGACCGGGAACGGACAGUCACGAUCUGCUUGGCUAUGCACAUCUAUGAUGAGUCUGGGCACUGAUUUAGGGAGGUGAGGAAAUUGGAGGCAUUCUUCAGAAGGAAGACAAUAAACGCGAAGAGGAAGGGAGCGCCCAGCAGUGCUGGGCUAGGCCCGGUUGCCUAGACUUGGGAGGCAGGGCUGGGCAUAGCGCUCCUGCCUGUACCUCUGCGGUACUGGAUACACAGUGGUUGUGCAAUAAACAGAGUGAAUUGGGGACUGGAGAGAUGGCUCAGCGGUUAAGAGCACUGACUGCUGUUCUGAAGGUCCUGAGUUCAAAUCCCAGCACCCACAUGGUGGCUCACAACUAUCCAUAAU